AUGGAUCCGUUACACGACUUAACGUCACAUGACCUCCGAGUAAGACAUGCGAUGGAAUACGAAUAUCGUCGCGGAACUAAUCCAUCGGUGGCCGCCAUAAAUAUUAAUCAAGCGUAUCCUAAAGCCGUUAGUGAGAGGACAUGUCAACGCUGGUGGAAGAGAUGGCAAGAAGAAGGCGUUGAUGUUGAAGACAAAGAAAGGCCCGGAUUUCAAUCUAAAGUUGAUAACGAAGAAUUGAGGGAUCUAAUUGAGAUGAAUCCAAGAUUUUCGAGUGAAGAGAUAGGAGAGAUAUUGGGUGUUGAUUCUUCAACCAUUCGAAGACAUUUAAAAGCAAUUGGCAAGAAAUAUGUCUCAUCUGUUUGGGUGCCACACGAUCUCACACCACAACAAAAAGCUAAACGUGUGAAUACAUGCAAAGAUUUGCUUUCACUUCAAGAUUCGGACCCUUUUAUAAGAUGGAUGGUAACCGGAGAUGAAAAAUUAAUAUACUAUGUCAACGAUAGUAAGAAGAGUGAAUGGAGAUCUCCUGGACAACGACCAGUUGGAAGACCGCGACCAGAUUUCCGACAGCAAAAGGUUAUGUUGUCUGUUUGGUGGGAUAAGUCGGGAAUUAUCCAUUGGGAGCUUUUAGAAGUCGGUGCUACCAUAUCAGCCGAAGUCUAUUGUCAGCAAUUGACACGACUUCGUGAAAAAUUGAAAGAAAAUCGCAAAUCAUUGGUUAAUCAUUGGGGUGUAAAUUUCCAUCAAGAUAAUGCACCAUCUCACACCGCAAAGAUGACACAAAACUUGUUAAAGGAUUUUGGUUGGAAAAUCAUUCCUCACCCACCAUAUUCACCUGAUAUUGCCCCUUCAGAUUAUUAUUUGUUUCGAUCAAUGCAACACUUUCUUGAUGGAAAAAAAUUUAAAAAUCGGGAGGAGGUCGAAGUGGCGGUCAAAGAGUUUUUCGGCUUAAAAGAGAAAAACUGGUUCGCCGAGGGAAUUGAAAAGUUGCCGAAUAAAUGGCGGGAAGUUAUCGAAUUGGAUGGCGAUUAUAUAAUUAAUUAA